AGCUUCAGUUGAGUUUGUGCAUUCCGGACGAACGAACGAUCGCGAUUCAUCAUGGCAAAGCACUGCCUUUCGUAUGGCGCCGUAGGUUUGCUGAUUGUGCUUGCGUCUUGUGCGCUGGCCAUCGAGCUGCGUGGUCCUUCGUCGCGCAUCAGCAAUGGACAGGCGGCUGGGCCGACCCAGUUCCCCUUCAUGGCGGGAAUUCUCAUCUCCGGAACGAACGAGCGUAGCUUCUGUGCUGGAGCGCUAAUUUCACGCCGCUUUGUGCUUACUGCAGCGGCCUGUAUCGUUGGCACCAACACAUUCACCGUACUGCUGGGCGCAUCCGACAUGACGCGCAUCGAGCAGAUCAUCCCGGUGCUCAACAUCCCGUCGCACAUUAUCAUCCACCCGGGCUACAGUGCGCUACUCAACCGGGACGACAUUGCACUGCUGCAGCUAUCCCGCGACGCCGAUCUGACGCCGAACGUGCAGGUGGUCAAUCUGCCACGUCGCUACCAUACCGCCUUCACGUUCAACGAUUGGUCCGCCACAGUCGCCGGUUGGGGCAACACGGGCAAUCGGGACAACGAGCCGAUCCCGCUGCAGCAGCUGCAGUUCGCCACCGGCUCGGUCGUGUCCAACUUUGUCUGCGGCAUUUCGCACAGCUUCAUCCGCGAUGGGAAUAUCUGCAGCUCCACCGACAACGGAGGCCCGUGCAAUGGUGAUGAAGGUGGCCCAGUUUGGGUGACGGAAGGAGGCGACAGGUUCCUGAUCGGUGUGCACUCCUUCCACUACGACGGGCUGUUCGGAUGCGAUCGUGGACGAUCGUCGGUACAUACGCGCCUGACGGAGUACCUCGACUGGAUCCAAGCGAACACUGAUGUAGUGAUUAGUUAUCUCCCGUCCUGCGUGAAGGUAACCAUGAAGAAGUUCACCGUACUAGCUGCCACCGCGCUGCUCCUGCUGCUGGGGCAGGUAUCCUCCACCCCGGUCGAUCCACGAUCGGUCGACUGGUCGGUGGUGCGUACGCUCCACCAAACCGAUGCCAUCCGUGCCAAGCAGGGCCUGGCGCCCCUAACGGACGACCAGGUACGAUCGUCGCGCAUCUCCGAGGGACAGAUCGCGACCGCCACCCAGUUCCCGUGGGCGGUCGGUGUGCUCAUCUCCGGUUCGUCCUCGCACAGCUUCUGCAGCGGUGUGCUGAUUUCGCCACGCUUCGUCCUAACCGCUGCCGUGUGCAUUUCCGGCUCGAACACGCUGACGAUCCUGCUCGGUGCUUCGGACAUGACCCGCGUCGAGGAGUUCAUCGGUGUGUCGAACAUCCUGUCCCAUCCGAACUACAGCUCGUUCUUCAACCGGGAUGACAUCGCGAUCCUGACGCUGUCGAGCCCGGCCCCGAUCCGCAACACGAUCCGGCCGAUCGAUCUGCCUCGCUGGAGCGAUGCGGGCAACAACUUCAACAACUGGGCGGCGACAACGGCCGGCUGGGGCAAUACGGGGCGUCGCGAGAACGAACCCAUCCCCAUCCCCAAUCUGCACUUUGUGGUCGAUUCCGUCAACUCGAACUUUGUCUGCGGACUGUCGCACACGUUCAUCCGCGAUACGCACAUCUGCACCUCGACCGACAAUGGCGGACCGUGCAAUGGAGAUGAAGGUGGUCCAGUGACCGUUACCGAGAGUGGCCGCACGUUCCUUGUGGGCAUUCACUCGUUCCACUUCUCCGGGCUGUUUGGAUGUGAUCGUGGCCGGUCGGCAGUGCACACGCGCAUCACGGAGUAUCUGGGCUGGAUCCAGGACAACACCGAUGAUGUCAGUCGGUCAGUUGUCUCCUGUGUCAAUCUCUCAGCAAACGGCAUUGCUUCAAUCAUGAGGCUACUAGCGCUACUUCUCGCUGCGUUCUGCACAGUGCACGCGAUCGGCUUAGAUCCUCGUACGAUCGAUUGGACGCUGGUUCGUACUCUGCACCAAACUGACGCCGUUCGUGCCAAGCAAGGCCUGCCUCCGCUAACGGACGAUGAGGUCCGCUCCGCACGCAUUGCCGACGGACAGAUUGCUUCUCCAACGCAGUUCCCGUGGGCAGCGGGCGUCCUGAUCUCGGGCUCCUCGGCACACAGCUUCUGCAGUGGUGUGCUGAUCUCGCGUCGACAUGUUCUCACUGCCGCCGUGUGCAUUUCGGGCUCCAACACCCUGACCGUGCUGCUCGGUGCGUCGGAUAUGAAGAGCGUGGAGGAGUUCAUUGGUGUGUCGAACAUCCUGUCCCAUCCGAACUACAGCUCGUUCUUCAACCGGGACGAUAUUGCGAUUCUUACGCUUGCGCAUGAGGCUCCGAUUCGAGACACGAUCCAGCCGGUUGCACUGCCGCGCCGCAGCCAGAUCGGCAACGACUUCAACAGCUGGGCAGCGACGACGGCCGGCUGGGGUAACUCGGGACGCCGUGACAAUGAGCCCAUCCCGAUCAUGAAUCUGCAGUUCGCCACCGAUGCGGUGACGUCUAACUUCCGCUGCGGGCUGUCGCAUACGUUCAUCCGUGGCACGCACAUCUGUACCGCGACGGACAAUGGAGGAGCGUGCAAUGGCGACGAAGGUGGUCCAGUGACGGUUACCGAAAGUGGGCGUACCUUCCUGAUUGGAAUCCAUUCGUUCCACUUCUCAGGCCUGUUUGGAUGCGAUCGUGGCCGACCAUCGGUGCACACGCGCAUCACGGAGUAUCUGGACUGGAUCCAGCAGAACUCGGACGUCGUUGUAGAGCCGUAAGAAACUCUCUUGUUGAACCGUUUGUAAUGAAUGCUACA